AUGCCAAAGGCGUCCAAAUCGAAAAAACCACCGCAGGGCUAUGAAAUUGUCGAGCCGACUUUAACGAAACUUCUAGCGAAGCUCAAAGAGGCCCAAAAAUCAUCAAUAAAGUCUGAAACAAAGACCUCAUCUCUAUGGCCCAUCUUAAAACUCAAUCACCAAAUCAGCAGGUACGUGUAUCUGAUGUACUACGAAAGGAAACUUAUCACGCGAGAAGUUUAUGACUAUCUCUUGAAACAGAAGUAUGUCAAUGGAGAUUUGAUAGCGAAAUGGAAGAAACAAGGCUACGAGCAUCUCUGCUGCGUGAAAUGCAUUAUACGGAAAGACACCAAUCACGGGUCUACGUGUAUUUGUCGAGUGCCCAAGUCCGAGAUGGGUGACCGCAACAAGGAAGGCUGUGUGACUUGUGGAUGUCGAGGCUGUUCAAGCACAGACUAA